UUAUUUGCCUGGAAUAAGAUUCAUCAUGAUGGGGAUGAUGCUGGUCAGGAUGAGGAGGGCUGAUGCUGAUGCUGGAGGAGGUGGGGGAUGUUUAUCCCGAUUGCUGCUCCGUCACGUGGUGGCCCCUUUAAGUUUCCAUUGAGAGCAGCUUGUGGUGUCACAUGAUGGACAUGAUAUAAUGUAACCAGAACAGGGAGGGAGGCAGAGAAGAGGAGGACAGAGUGGGAGAAAGUCAUGGAGAGCAGCAGCCGCACACUGCGCAUUACCGAUCACUGCAUUGUCAUCAGUAGGAGCUCAGUCCACACCUAGCGAUUGAUCGUCACCAUGUGUAUGGCUGGUCUGCCACUGCGCCCAAUGAGCGGAGCCUGCCAGCAAACGAGGGCAUGUGUCUGCAGAACAAGAGAGAGAUGGCCGAGGAACUUCACUAUCACUGACAUCGGAAAGGAGAAGUGACAGCACAGGGGACCCGCAGCACUUACACGCAGAGGAUGACAGAGACCACGCAGAGGGAUGGUCAUGGUGGAGCACACACAGGGAUGGCAGAGACCACGCAGAGGGAUGGCCAUGGUGGAGCACAAACAGGGAUGGCAGAGAGCACGCAGAGGGAUGGCCAUGGUGGAGCACACACAGGGAUGGCAGAACUUCACACAUAGAAGGAUAGCAGAGAGAAUACAUACAAGGAUGGGGAUGCCAGAGCUCUCUCUUCACACACAGGGAUGGCAGAAAGCAUGCAGAGAGCACGCAGAGGGAUGGCCAUGGCAGAGUACACACAGGGAUGGCAGAGAGCACGCAGAGGGAUGGCCAUGGCGGAACACAAACAGGGAUCACAGAGAGCACGCAGAGGGAUGGCCAUGGUGGAGCACAAACAGGGAUGGCAGAGAGCACGCAGAGGGAUUGCCAUGGCGGAGCACAAACAGGGAUGGCAGAGAGCACGCAGAGGGAUUGCCAUGGCGGAGCACAAACAGGGAUGGCAGAGAGCACGCAGAGGGAUGGCCAUGGUGGAGCACAAACAGGGAUGGCAGAGAGCACGCAGAGUGAUUGCCAUGGCGGAGCACAAACAGGGAUGGCAGAGAGCACGCAGAGGGAUGGCAAUGGCGGAACACAAACAGGCAUGGCAGAGAGCACGCAGAGGGAUGGCCAUGGCGGAACACAAACAGGGAUCACAGAGAGCACGCAUAGGGAUGGCAAUGGCGGAACACAAACAGGGAUGGCAGAGAGCACGCAGAGGGAUUGCCAUGGCGGAGCACAAACAGGGAUGGCAGAGAGCACGCAGAGGGAUGGCCAUGGUGGAGCACAAACAGGGAUGGCAGAGAGCACGCAGAGGGAUGACCAUGGUGGAACACAAACAGGGAUGGCACAGAGCACGUAGAGGGAUGGCCAUGGCGGAGCACAAACAGGGAUCACAGAGAGCACGCAGAGGGAUGACCAUGGUGGAGCACAAACAGGGAUGGCAGAGAGCAUGCAGAGGGAUGGCCAUGGCAGAGUACACACAGGGAUGGCAGAGAGCACGCAGAGGGAUUGUCAUGGCGGAGCACAAACAGGGAUCACAGAGAGCACGCAGAGGGAUGGCCAUGGCGGAGCACACACAGGGAUCACAGAGAGCACGCAGAGGGAUGGCCAUGGCGGAGCACACACAGGGAUCACGCAGAGGGAUGGCCAUGGCGGAGCACACACAGGGAUCACAGAGAGCACGCAGAGAGAUGGCCAUGGCUGAACACAAACAGGGAUGGCAGAGAGAAUACAUACAAGGAUGGGGAUACCAGAGCUUGCACACAGAGGGAUGGCAGAGCUCUCUCACACUUACACAUGGAUGGCAAAGAGCAGGCAGAGGGAUGGCCAUGGUAAAGCUCAUAUACAGAGGAUGACCAUGGCAAAACACAUGCACAGGGAUUGGGAUGGCAGAGCUGGCACACACAGAGGGGUGGCAGAGCUGGCACACAGAAGGAUAGCACACACACACAGAAGGAUGGCACACAGAGGGUGGCCAUGGCACAGAAGGAUGGCACACACAGAGGGUGGCAGAGCUGACGCAGAAGGAUAGCACACACACAGAGAGGUGGCAGAGCUGGCACACACAGAGGGUGGCCAUGGCACAGAAGGAUGGCACACAGAGGGUGGCAAUGGCACAGAAGGAUGGCACACACAGAGGGGUGGCAGAGCUGACACAGAAGGAUGGCACACACAGAGGGGUGGCAGAGCUGGCACAGAAGGAUGGCACACACAGCCCUAUAGAGAAGUUGGAAGUGCGCACACAGUCCCUCCGGGGGAGUUGUAGGACAGAGGCUGCUCAGGAUUGAAGGGAGAAGAGCAGGCUCGGCUUCCUAUUGGUCGGCAGAGGAGAAGCAAUACUGCGUUCCUCAUCCAGCACAGAGGAAAAAAUGACGCUGAUGAGGGGCGGAGGCAGCCACUUCCAGCACAACACAUGGAGAGGGAGGAUACACCCACCUGCAAUAUCACCAGCAGCAGCACCGACCUCUCCAUCUACCUGUCCUCCGCUCAUCGCCUGCCCUGCCUGUCUGUAUAGAUGGAUGGAGGGAACCCGCCUGGAGGAGCCCGGGGCACACAUGCCACCCAGGAUGGGGUGAAGCUUGGCAGCCACUGUGUGCGAUACAGAUGGGCAUCUUGGAAGGAACGUGAAGGAAUGCAUCGGCUGACCUUUGGAAGCACAUCGCACAUUCCAUCUUUUUUAUGAGCAUCAGCACAAACAAAAAGUGUAAAUGGAGAUCAGCUGUCUACUAUAGCACAGUUACCCAUAUAGAAAAAACACCCUUUAUAAUGUUGCGACCUUCCCGGCUACAUCAUGCUGAAGACGAGGAGUGACUCCACACAAGAACAAAAACUCAAACUUCUACACCAUUUUGGACAGGUGUAAGGGUCCAGAAAAAUAGUGAGUCUUCUGAUGCAAGCAGCAUCUUGAUUUCCACCCGCUUUUUCCUAGCCUGUCCAGGCAGGCGAUGACAGGAUGGAAGCCGCCAGCACCCAGAUUGUUAUUGAAGAACUUAAAGCGGAAUUAUACUCCCUGAGCUGCCUCAUCAGCGCUGACGUCGUCACCCGGUCUUCCUAUAGAUUUAAGAUCUUUGGCUGUCUUGAUUGGCUGCGGCAGGAUGACGCAUGCACAGGCGUUUAUUCAUACCUGCAGAUGCUGAACCUGUACACUGAGCUUCACAAAGCAGCUAUUGUGCAUUAUAAAGUAGAUUGCAAACAGACAAUAUUGUAUAUGCAUUGUUUGGUAAGAUGUACAGCCGUUAAUAUUGUGAAUCUUAUCCUAUUACCUUAUGCAUUAUCUGGUAAAUAGUCGAUUAUUUUGUUUAGUCUUUGGCAUAAACCAAUGUACAAUCAUUUACUUUUUUUUUUUUACGCUGCUCGAGGGGUUAAUCCAGAAUACAUUGUUCAGAAUAGACUAUGCAAACACUGACCAAAUGGAACAAGUAAGUAAAUGGAACAGGCUGUUUCCCUUGGGUUCUGAGUAACUGUGACCUCAUAGGGAAGGGCUGUCUGCCCCAAUGCAUGACGGAAGUGAAAAAACAACCAGAAUCAACAAAAUGAAAAUGGUUAUGAAAUUCAUAUACGCCACAUGUUUUUUUUUUCUAAGGCGGGCAUGUAAAUGACUUGAGGAAAGGGCUGAUAUUUGCGUAUUUUAAUGUGAUCGCCGAUCUCCAGUGCAUACCUGACUUAUUCAUAACACACAUAUUGGAUUAGAUGUCAUCUAGUUUUUACUAUCAGAAAUCUACAGAUAAAAAUAGCUUCAGUGA